AUGAAGUAAUGAUGUAGGAUUUAUUUUCUCGUAAUAUUCUGUUUCAGGGUUCAUAUAUGCAGCACAAAGAAAUCAAGGCUGCACAGGGAAUAAAGAUCAAUGCUCAGGGGCUUGAGCAUGCAAUUGCUGGAACUAGUCUAUAUGUUGUGGGGCCUAAUGAUGACGUGGAAGACAUCAAAGAAGCAGCUAUGGAAGAUAUGAGGUCGGUGAUGAACAGGAUUGAUAAAAGAGGAGAAGGAGUUUAUGUUCAAGCAUCUACACUUGGAUCAUUGGAAGCUUUGCUGGAGUUCUUGAAAACUCCCGAAGUAAGCAUACCUGUCAGUGGAAUUGGCAUAGGCCCUGUGCAUAAGAAGGAUGUCAUGAAAGCUAGUGUAAUGCUUGAGAAGAAGAAAGAGUAUGCAACAAUCUUGGCCUUUGAUGUGAAAGUGACACAAGAAGCUCGGGAACUUGCGGAUGAAGUUGGAGUCAAAAUUUUUAUUGCUGAUAUUAUUUAUCACCUGUUCGAUCAGUUUAAGGCCUACAUCGACAAUAUCAAAGAAGAAAAAAUGAAGGAAGUUGCUGAAGAAGCAGUCUUCCCCUGUCUGCUCAAGAUCGUACCUAAUCACGUCUUUAACAAGAAGGAUCCAAUUGUUCUAGGAGCUGAUGUUCUUGAGGGCAUCGUCAAGGUCGGGACUCCAAUAUGUAUUCCACAGAGGGAAUUCAUUGAUAUUGGUCGGAUCGCAUCCAUCCAGAACAACCAUAAGCCUGUUGAUUAUGCCAAGAAAGGACAGCAGGUGGCCAUUAAGAUAGUUGGGACUAACCCGGAGGAGCAACAGAAGAUGUUUGGUCGGCAUUUUGAUAUUGAAGACGAGCUUGUUAGCAAAAUCUCGAGAAGAUCCAUUGACAUUCUCAAGGCCAAUUUUCGGAACGACUUGUCUGUUGAAGAUUGGAGGCUCGUGAAGAAUCUGAAGACCCUAUUCAAGAUACAAUGAGACGUUUCUAAGCUUUGCAAGUAGCAUAGGUUUUGGAUUUUUGUGGCACUGUAUCGGGGUUCAGCAGUUCAUCGGACAAUAAGCAGUUAUUUGGUUAGGAGGUAGGGAGUUUGGACUCGAGAUAGAAAGGAUGCGUAGUGCAUUCUUUGUCGGUUGAUUGUUGAAUCGAAACAAUGUAACUGGUUAGUUUCAGUUGCAAUAGUAUACAGGUGUUUUGGUACUGAGAAUUUUUGUAGUUUUGGCCAAUUUUAGAGCUCAGUGUUUUUCUACAGGGGCGUAAAAUAAGAGAUUAUAUAAAAGAAAUAUGAGAUAUGGCGUACUA